AUGAGACAGCAGAUCGCCAACGCCGUAACCGAGGAAGAGAAGAUGGAGGCAACAGGAGUCAUACGCGUCCAUAUCAUUGAGGCCCAACAGGAAAGGGAGGUAUAUAAUGUUUGUGUAGCGAGGGCUCAGAUGGAAUCAGACACUUUCCACAAUUACACGUUUGACUUCAGUCAGUGGGUCAGUCUCCCCCACUACAGUCGUCAGAUGAGCCCAAUAUUCUUCCUUUCCCUGCGAAAAGUACAAAUCUUCGGAUUCAGAAUCAGCGCGAGGAAACAGCUCAAUUUCUUAAUUGAUGAAGCUGAAGCCAUGGGAAAAGACGGGAAGGAAACACAUGGACCCAACGCCGUACUUUCCAUGAUCGACUAUGCGCUCGAGUCUCACUGUGUCCCGGUCGAAACGUUCACUAUUCAUGCCGACAAUUGUCCGGGGCAAAAUAAAAAUAUGUACGUCAUUGGCUACUUCCUAUGGCGUGUUAUGACCGGGCAGCAGACAGGGAUCGAAUUCUUGAUGCAAAUACCAGGUCAUGCCAGGUGCCAUGUGGACAGUGGCUUUGCGACUCUGAAGAAGGCAUACAGACGUCAUAAUACAGAGACGCUUGACGAGCUGGCAGGAGUGGUUGACCGGUCGUCUGUGACCAACGUAUCGUUGCGCUACCCGCAGUGGAUCUGGAGAGAUUGGAAAUCGUUCCUAUCCAGGCAUUUCAAGUCAUUUGUAGGAAUACGGAAAUACCAACAUUUCAGGUUCACAGCCGGUCUGCCGGGCAUCGUGAUUGUAAUGGAAAAAAGGAGUGGCGAAGAAACACAUGUCAACCUCCUUAAGGACCGCUCUUUCAGGUUUUUAGUGGACACCAGGCCGGAACCAGUUCAAGCGGCUGGUCUAAGCUUGAACAGGAAAGAAUAUCUCCGUCGGAGUGUCAGCAAACACGUGUCCGAAAAGAAGCGGGAACAGUUUUGA